GUGCUGAAGGCUAGUGUUGCACCUUCGAGUCAUGCUGGAGAUGGACCGCGACCCAGGAGUCAGGGUCGGCCUGCCACCAGCCCGGCAGCCCCGGCAGCGGCGGUUUGUAGCUCCUCGAAGACGGAGUUCACUUUGGUGAACACGCCACGUGAAGUUGUCAUUCGCUCCAGAUGCCUGAUGCAACGUGGUUCUGCGGGCCCUCGUCGAGUGGUCCUCCCCCGUGAGCUGGUUCCUGUCGGCAGCCGUGUGGAGCACGACAAUAGUGGCGAAGCUUGCACAAGCAAGUCAAGGUGUGUCAGAGCGACUCUUUUUGUGGGCGGUGGUUUGCAGACGGUGCCCGUGGAGCUGGUCUCAGCCCAACGUGUCGCAAAGCGACAAGUUACCGGUCGAGCUGGUGCUGGCCCCCCUAUCGCUGACAAGGACGCUCUACGUCACGAUGUGCCUCCUCUGACACCUGAACUCCGUGGAGAUCUCAAGCAGAAGUUGGACAGCUUGGUUUCAGUCUGCCGGACCGACUUCAAGGCACAUCCGCGCAGUGUGCGCUUCUUUCUUAGGGAGCUCUGGGAGGUGUGCCAGCUGCUGAAAGUUCCUUGUCUUCCUCGGCCUUACAGGAAAAGCCUUGCCGGCCCGCUACAACAAUUUGUCAUGAACAUUCCUAACUGGCUUCCGGCCGAUUUAGCUCCUUCCAGCGCCGAGCUGUCGGAGGAUUCUUUUAUCACGCUGACAGUCAUGCUAGCGCUGGACUCCAUCCCCUGGGAGUUCAAGUUCAACCAGACGACAUAUCGCCUCUGCAACUGUCGGACGACUUUCGGAUCACAUCGUUGCUUGCUGCCCACUGGCAGGCUGAGGCCGUCUGAGUUCGCCAUGCCUUCGGGCCGCUCUCUGUCGCGGUCUGGUGCCAGACAAAGACGCGUCUCUCACUCCACCCCCAAUGACCAGUUUCAAGGCGAUGUUUCGUCUGCUGCGGGAUACUCGCGCAUGGACCUUCUGCAGAAGCAGGAAAGGCAUCUGUCCACACGAUUGCUGGAUGUCUCGGCAGCGCUGCGUGUGAGAUUCCUGGAGUUUGUGCAGCAGGUCCCUGUCUUCCUGGAAGACCUCUUGAAAUGCACAGUUGAGAAGCCGGUGGCCGAGCAAAUCGCUCACCAACGGCUACUCUGGGACAGGUGGGCGAACCUUGUUAUUUCAGAAAUCACCGCAUUCGACAAGAGCUACACCCAGUUUGAGCGACUUUACAUGACCAUCGUUGAGCAGCUCAUGGAGACGACGCUGGAGCCCCUGCGCAGUAUGGCCAAAACGUGUGCACCACAGCUGAAUGUGCACACAGUCAUCAAGAAGCCAAGUUCCCAGAGGCAAGAGAAGGGUCUGGUGGCCUCCUUUAGUGCGGCGGCGGCAGCAGCUGAAAGAAAGGCCGAGGCUGCCGCAGUCAAGCUCAAGGAAGCAGAGGCACAACUGGCCGCCAAGGCUGUCAAGGUGCGUGACAGCCCGCCGUCGCCGUCGCUGAGUUCAGCGAGACAGGAGGAGCCAGCUCCGCUCAGUGACUCAGCGCCUCCGCCAGGUCACUACACAUCGAUAGGCUUGGCCGCCGUGGCAGACAAGAAAUACCAGAAACGAUUCGCGAUUUCAAUUGCUAGCCAAAGAUGCUACGCAAAGAAGCACGGCUAUGAGUAUGCGGUCAUCGACCCUUCAGAGUAUCCGGGCUGUGACAAAUUUCGUGAUUUCUUUUUCCGAAAGCAUUGCUCCGUGGCACGUUUUCUCGAGACGACGUCGGGCGAUCACAUUCUGUUUGUUUUCGACGGUGACAACCCCGUGGUUUGGCUCGACAGAGGCUUGGACCAUUGGUUGAAGGAAGUUGCCGCAACGGAUGUUGUCCUGUACGAGCGCUGGAUGAAUAACGAGAUCAUGGCAGGAAACUAUGCGGUGAGGAACUCGGACUUUGGCAUCCGCUUUCUUGACGAUUGGGCCAGCUUUGAAGAGGAGCUUCCAAGAAGUGGCUACCACUCUUCCGACAACGGUGCCAUUCACCUACACUUGCUUCGGGUACUGGGCUUGAAGAAUGAGAAGCCCUGCAAGUACCAGUGGGAUCAUCUUGGAAGCGAUCGUGAUCAUAUGGACGAAUACUAUGGCUUCGUUACUUGCACAAGGCUGGUGAUGGGUGCCCCAAGACGGUGGAAGAUUGCUGGCACGCCGCGAGUCACGAUCCUACCUCGAGGCCAUGCCUGGGCAAUCGAUGGUGGCGAUGCUGACAGCCACGUGUCAUCAGUUGGUGCAAUUUCACAUCAUGGACAGAAGACGGAAGCAAACUAUCGACAGUAUUUUCAAGACAGCUUUGUUGACAACGGCGGCUCCGACUGCGAUGCGAUGGUCAGGAAAGGCUUCUACGUCGACCCGCGGCAGUAUGGCGAGUCGCUGUUGAGCAAGCUGAAAGCGCGUACUGACGGCGCCAUGCUAGACUGGACUCGACAGCACGUUCCACCCUGGGACUUCGCCUACUUGGGCUGCAUGGCGACCUUGUCCUGUCGGCCGCUGGAUGACGGUGAAGCCCUGUCGGUCAGCAUACCCAGGCCGAUGCAGUCGUCGAUUCCCUUCAAGAAGGUCCCGAAAGAUGCCAAAUUCGAGGUGUGUGCCGGAGAGUGGGAGACCUGUAAAUGCGCGGGCUUCGUGUAUUUCGGAACGAAAACGCGCCGAAGUCCCGUCGUGGAGGUCCAAGCUGGCGAAGGCAAGAUUGACUGCCGUGCUGAUAACUUUGACGGGGACCCAGCCAUUGGCGAGAUCAAGAAAUGUGCGAUGCGCUCCUCAGCACAUCUGGAGAUCCCUUCCGGGAGGCAUCCCGACAGGGUUGUUGCCGCAUUCUUCGCGCAGAUCGACUCGUCGACUUUGGGGGCAGCAAUCAAGUCAUGCAUUUUGACUCCAGCCUCCUGGAAAAGGCUUUUUCGCUACGUGUCGGCCCGACGCAUGCCCAAGGUCCUCCAAAUGGAAACAUAUGCCGAGGUGCAAGAGAUGGCGCGUGCACUAAUUCAGGACUUCGAGUCUUUGUGCAAGGUCCUGUUGCAUUUAAAUGACAACCAAGCCAAGCCGGAACUCAAAGAGAAUGCAGAGCUGACGUCUGCAAUCUUGAGGCUUGAGCAGGUAUGGGCUGACUGCCAGUUCAUCCUUCACCAGGGCUGCCUGGACUUCAUCGAGGUGCUGGAGAGAGAAGUCUUGCCCCAGCUAAGUCCGAUGUUGAGAUGGCAAAUCCGCAUUGCCCUGGGCUGCUCUGAAGGAAGACCUCUGGAUCCCGAUGUCACGCAAGCGGACCGCCGCCGUUGGAGGGAUUGCGCGCGUUGGUGUUCCACAACAGCAGCCCUGCACUGGUGCAAAGUUUACAAGGACAUUAAGGCGGCGAAGGUGUCUCCCCGAGAUUCGGUAUCAGAUUUCUUUGGAGAAGUCUCUGAAAGUGCAGCUCAGCUGCAAGGUGGCGCUUUACCAGACAGUGCCCAUGAUGGUCUACGUGGACUGACCCGCUCAGCUCCGGGAGCUCCCAGCGGAAUUCCGCCUUGCCAGGAGGAGCUUUGGCGGGAUGCCAACCCAGAAGAAUCCAGCAAGAUCCUCAGGAGCCGGAUCUAUGAUGACUCCAAGCCGACGGGCCUUCGAAGUUUGCGGAAGUUGCAGAGCCCGAAGGAGCUUACGGCCGCACUCUCUGAGCUUGGGCGGAGGCAGCGCUGGCAUGAUGCACUCAGUGCAAUGCAGAUUCUGGCUCAUGCGGGCCGUUCCUGGUUGGUGAGUAUUGAAGCACUCAAUGCUGCCAUCACCUGCUGCAGCAGCGGGACUUGGCAGGGGUCGCUCGCGCUGCUCAGCACCGCGAAAAUGAUGUCACUAAGGCAUUCGCUGGUAACUGCAGGAGCGGCAAUAAAAGCUGCAGGAGCACAAAGCGCACAUGGAUCACUCGCAGACCACUCCAAAUGGCACAACGCGCUGCAUCUGCUGUCCUGCAUGCGCCAGCACAGCAUGAUCCCUAACAUCAGGCACCACAACGCAAUUCUAUAUUGUUCGCUCUCUUGGUCGACAGCACUCUGCAUUUUCAAAUCUGUCUUGACUUAUGAAUUAGAACCCACGGAAUUCACGAGUAGCCUGCUCAUGAAGAAGCUGGAGACCAACUGGCCCUUGGCAAUUCACAGCUUCCUUUCGAUGCAGCGCCUGCGCUUGGAGCAUGAUGCCAUUAGCGGAAAUGCAGCACUACGGGCCGGCGCCGGCAAUCGCCGAGUGUCCCGCGAAUUCUUGCAGCAUCUCAUCAGUGCAGGAGUUCCAGUGGACUCUGCUACUUGCAGUUCUGCCGGCAGUGCUUUGGAUUCGGAGCGUAUUUGGGAUUUGCUGCAAGAUGUGCGCGCAUCGGUUGUGCAACCUGACCUUGGGGCCUACACGUCGGUUCUGGGAGCUUUUGACAACGAUGGUCGCUGGGAGGCGGCUCUAGGGGUUUUGCGAUCAAUGGCCAUGGAUGGGGUCCAGGCAAGCUUAAAUCCAUAUGCAGCCGCUCAAAGUGCAUGUGAACGAUGCCGGCAGUGGAUGGAAGUGGUGGAUCUGAUUCGAGCUUUGAAGGGCUCGAGCGCGCAGUUGGAUCUCGUUGUCCGUUCGGCGGCCAUCUCUGCUCCACAAACAGGUGGGAGCUGGCAAAUUGCCUUGCAGAGCUUCUGCCAGCUCGCCCUGGAGACCCUGGCCCCGGACGUCGUGUCUCAUGGAGCUGUCCUCAGCGCAGCCGAGGCCGGGCAUCAGUGGCACUCUGCGAUCUCAGCCCUCUGGAGCAGUCGCCAUUUGAAGCCGGACGUCAUAUCCUGCAAUUCGGCAGUGAGUGCCUGCGAAAAGGCGAAGUCCUGGGUAACAGCUGUCAAUAUCGUUACGCAAGACAUGGCGUGGUGUCGCAUCUUGCCUGAUGCCAUUAGUUGUAGCUCUGCCAUCCUGGCAUGCACGGACACGAGCUGCUGGGGGCAGGGGCUCCUCAUGGUCUCGUUCGCACAGCAACAGGACAUCACGCCACAGGUAGGCAGUUUCGGCGCGCUACUCACAGAGUGUGAGCGUGCCAGUCCAUCUUUGGUCGCUUGCCAGCAGGAGCUCCUCAGUGGAUCCUUGCGGGCGGCCGGUCGCAAGCUACGCUUCGUGGAGCUCUGCUGUCCUCAGGAUGACCGGCACCACACUUUGCGACGGGACUUCGGAAAGUUCGAUGAGAAGAGAUUCAAUGAAUUCCGGACCUUCAUCACUGACGACGAGCAGAAUCGCGGUGGAGCAAACCGUCAGACAGACUUCUUCCGCCUGGUCUAUAGACAAUUGAAGGCAGUGGCUGCCUUUCCAGUCCAGGAGAACUUUGCAGCAGCCGUUCUGGCAGCGUCCAAAGCGCAGGAGAAUCUGAAGCAACCCGGACUCAGUGACCAAGACAUUGCCGUCGUCCAGCGUGAGCAGGAGCUUCUAGAGGGCGGCGCUCGGUGGAUCUGUCUCAUGCUCAAGGUCCAGGCCGUGGCCCCCGGUUUGUUUCCGAAGAAGCCGCCAGGGUCACAGAUGGCACUUGACGCUCCCAUCUGGAGAAAGCGUCGCCCUUCUAUUCUCUAG